AGUUAGUUGUGAACGAACCGUCGUCGUGUGCAAACGUCUCGCUGCGCUAACAGCGUUUCCUUAAAUCUGAAAGAGACGCAAUCGUAAUCGCAGGCACGUCUUAGCGUAUUUCGAAUAUAUUCUUGGCCAAGAGCCGCCGCCAACGCGAGUGCAAUUAAAACGCGUGCAAAUGCAAAUCAAUUAAAAAUCUCCCCCCAAAAAAAUGAAAAUCAAUUCUCGCAGCGGCAACCAAAAGCAAAUGCAUUAAAAAUUCGCAAAAAUAACAGAAAUAAAAGCAAAUGUGGCGCAUAUAACUCAGCUGUGAAUAAAAGGAAUCGAAUUAUAUGUCCAAGUGUGCAUUAUCGGAAACUUUAAACUGUUGCUCAUGAUAACGAAUCAAUGUCCAUUGCACAUAUAUAAAUAUACAUGUGUGUAUGUAGAUUGGGUUAAUUGCGAUUAUGUCAUAAAGAAUCGUAGGCGCAUUUCGAAAAUUCUUUAAAAAAUCUGGCAAAAAAAAGUCAAGAAAGCAAAGAUAGAGAGGAAGAGCGAAAUCGAAAUUUGAAAGUGUGACGUGCGUGUAUUUCAGUUUAAACAAAGCGCAACAAUAACAAAAAAACAAUCGCAACUGCAACAACGACAACAAAAAUACGCGUGUUUUUUGCACACUUUUUUGCGACGUCAGCGCCUGAGAGGCAACAACAACAAAAGCAAUAGCAACAACAGGCAAACACCACUCUCUGUGUAUUUUGUUUGUGUGUGUGUUUCGGCCUAACCGGCAAGUGCAAAAAGUUUAACUGUGUGUGUGUGCCGCUCUCUUUGCUUCGCGCGCUCUCUCUGUCGCUCUCAUUGUGUGUGUUCCUGCGUGCGUGGGUGUGAGUGUAUUUGUGUCGGAACAGCUGUUUAGUGCAAUAUGCAGCAGCAGAGCUGCCCAAAAUCCUAAAGGUCCACACACACACACACACAACAUACACACAAACACACACACACAUAGAUACGCACAAGCCGCUCUCAGGUGCCGUUCUCAGGUGUCCAGUUCGCAUUUUUCGCAUAAGCAUAAGCCCAGCAACUAUUUGCCACAUGAACAUGGCCGGCAGCCUCUGCCUCUUGCACAAGCUGCUGCUUGUCGCGCUGCUCUGCAGCCACAGCCUGGCCAUGGCCAAGCACUUGGCUCACACAGACAUUGUGGCUGCCAGCGACGACGACUUUAGCGCGAAUCUGCACCACCAGCACCAGCCGCAGCAUCAGCAUCAACACAGCGCCGCAACGCACCACCGACGCCGACUGCAGCGCGACUCGCGCGCCAAGGAUACAGCGCAGUGCGAGGCGGUCAAGGGUUACUUCGAAUCGAUCGACAUCAGGUCGAGUGGAGUUUACAAUGAAAAAGGCGCCAUUUGCGGUGGCAGCUGCUGCAGCAAUGCCACGGAACUGGAACUGCGCCACAAGGCAGCCGGAAAGUUUGAGCAACUGCUGCACCAUCACACGAGCAGCCUGCGCGGCAUCCUGGAGACCACGGCCAGCCAAUUUCAGAGUCACGUUCUGGAGCUGGCGGAGCAGUCGGAGAACAAGACGUUGAAUGUGUUCUCUCAGGUCUACAGGCGAAUGGUGCCCCUGUCGCGAAUGCUCAUACAUCAGCUGUACACGGAAAUCAUCAACCAUUUGAAGUACACGUCGAACUAUAGCAGCAAUAAUGGGCAGGGCAACAGCAUUUUGCAAAGCCAGAGCAGCUUGGAGGAUGCACUGCACAAGUUCUUUGAGAAUCUAUUUCCGGUUGCCUACCAUCAGGCGGUGCACCUGACCAAGGACAAUUACGGUGAGCUGCACGACGACUACACGAAUUGCUUGAAGCACAACUACGACGACCUGCAGCCAUUUGGCCCGAUACCCAAGGAAAUCCAGGCCAAUCUGCUGCAGAGCGUGCACAUGUCCAACAUCUUUAUGAACGCCCUGCUCCAGAGCGCCGAGGUGCUCAGCGAAACGGACGCCCUCUACGGCAAACAGCUGACGGACACGUGCCAGCUGCAUCUGCUCAAGAUGCACUACUGCCCCAACUGCAACGGCCAUCCGGAGUACAGCAGGCCCAAGGUCUGCUACAGCUACUGCAUGAACGUGAUGCGCGGCUGCUCGGCUCAGUAUUCGGGACUUCUGGACAGCCCCUGGUCCAAUGUUGUGGAGGCCUUGGACAAUCUAGUAGCCACGCACAUCCGCUCCGACAGCGGCAUCAUGAGCACCAUCAAGCAGCUGGACACGAAGCUAUCCGAGGCCAUUAUGCGCGCCAUGGAGAACGGACCAGAGCUGGAGAAGAAGGUGAAGAAAACAUGCGGCACGCCCAACCUGUUGCCAUCGCUGACCGCCGCGGAGACGCAGCCGGUGCAGCAGCACGCGAGCAUCAAGUGGGCAACGCCGCCAGAUGCGGGCAUCGUGCACUUCCUGUCGACCAUCGAGAAGUCCAAGGAGUUCUUCACCAACAUUGUGUACAACUUCUGUGACGAGGAAUAUACACAGCGCGACGAUCAUCUCUGCUGGACCGGAGAUCGCGUCGGUGACUACACCCAGCUGCUGAUGACGCCCGGCACGGACACCCAGCGCUACAAUCCGGAGGUGCCAUGGGAGAACCAGUCGCAGCUGAGCAGGCUCAACGAGCUGGUGGACAAGCUCAUCAAGAUACGCAAGAGCAUCGGCGUUUCGGCGCCUGUCUCCAACAGCCAUGACAUCCAGAGUGACAUGGGUCGCGAGGGAUCCGGCGGCGGCGGCGGCGGCGGCGGAGGAGGAGGCGGCGGCGGCCACAUGAGCGACGACGAUGAGGAGUACAGCAGCAUACACGCCUCCGGUGAUGGCUCUGGCGAUGGUCCCACAUCGAACUUCGAUGAUCCAUCCGGAACCACGCCCAUCAACUAUGACAACGAGUCGCGCGAGGUGCAGAAGGGCGCGUCCAGCGCACUGAGGGCAACUGCGACGAGCCUACUCCUCACACUAGUCACACUCUACAGUAGUUGUAGUUAAAGCAGCAGCAGCACCCAAAUCCCAAAAAAAAAACAAUAAAAAUAAAUAAAAUAUAUAUAUAAACUAUAUAUAUAUAUAUGCACGCAUAAUAAUAUAAAACGCAAAGCAAGGCAGCGAAAUGCAUAUGGAGCGCGCGCACAAAGUUCGACGCAAUUAAAUAUUAAUAAUUAUUAUUAAUAUUAUUAUUAUUAUAUUAUUAUUAUUAUCAUUAUCAUUAUUUUUAUUAUUAUUAUUAUUAUUUGUGUAAUGCUUAAGUUGUUACAAUUAAUUUAUUAGCCACUAAGCGCAUUCACUUUGCCGAGUAACAAAAACCCAAUUGGAGUUGCGCUACGUUGCUCCGUUUGGCGUUGCCACCUUUCUUCUAGCUUUCCCACGCCUGAGCUCGUUGCACCUCAACGCUGAAUCCAAUUAGACUUUUGUGCCAUAUAAAUGUGUUGCGAGGUUUGCAUAAACAACAAUAACAACAACAACAAUACAAAAUAUACAAAAAAAAUAGGCUCAAAAUAUUGAAAGCAAAAACCUGUCCACCAUCGACCUUUUUAGCAAGUGCAGUUUGUUCAGAUACAUGUUCUUUAAAUCAUAUAAAUAUAUAGACACAUAUAUAUAUAUAUCUAGCGUACAGUACGUAAAUUAUAAAGCUCAAUGUUCAAAGCGAAUUGUUCCUUUUUGGUGUAAUUAAAUCAAGCGAAUUAUAUAAAUGCAAAAGAUACAGAUAAAAGAUACAAGAUACAAGAUACAACUAGUUGCUGUUAUGGCUCAUUCUGCGGGAGCUUCUCUUAGAGUUCACAGAAAUUAAUACGUAAAACAAAAGAAUUUAAAGAUUUAAAUGUUAAUGAAAUACAAAUAACCGAUUUAUUGUUGUCAACAUUUGUGAGAGCUCAAAGAAUCGUAUGAAAGCAAAUGCAUAUUAAUGGAAUUUAGUUGAGUAAACGCACUUUUUGGGAAAAAUAAAACAAAAA